CCCCGAGGCCCCAGGUCCGACGCUGCCUCGUGGACCACCGGGGAUGGGCAUCCUGGCCGGGGCUUUGUCUGCCGGGGUGGCCGGGGUGAGGGCUUGGGGGAUGCUGCUGGGGCUGCUGAGUCUGCUGGAGGCGGCUCUGGGGGGACCCGGGCUCCCCUGGGGCCGCACCUCCUGCCACCUGGUGGGGCCUGGCCCCAGAGGGCCCUGGGGGUCGCUUAGCUUCCUGGCUGAAGGCGGCCGGGGCCCAGCCCUAUUCCACGCCCACUGGGAUGCCCGGGGGGCUCUGUGGGGGUGUGGCCGGCGGGAUGAGCCCGAGCUGACCACGGCCUUCCGUGACCUCUGUGCUGACGAGGCCACCAGGGGCGCCUUCCUGCCUGCACUCAGCCCCCGGCUGUUGGGAGCCCUGGCUGCUCUCCGGGGCCAGUGGGAGGCCUGCAGGGAGCAGCGGGGCGGCUCUGCGGGGUCCAGGCGACCGAGGGACACAGGGCGUCGGCGUGGCAAGAGAGGCUGGACGGUGCCCGGCACGCUGUGGUGUGGCCUGGGCGACUCUGCCCACAACUUCUCUGAGCUGGGCCUCCUGCAGGGCCCUGACUUCUGCUGCCGGCAGCACGACCGCUGCCCCCACACCAUCUCACCCCUGCAAUACGGCUAUGGCGUCCGGAACUACCGGUUCCACACCCUCUCCCACUGUGACUGUGAUGCCAGGUGGCAGGUGGUGAUUGGGUGGCCGGGGAGGGAACCUGGACGGGGGCCUGAGUGCCAGCUCUGGGCCAGCUUUCGACAGUGCCUGCAGACCCAGCACAGCUCCAUCGCUGACCUCCUGGGAGCGGCCUUCUUCAACGUGCUGGCCAUCCCCUGCUUCGUGCUGGAGCCUCAGGAGGCCUGUGUGGCCUGGUACUGGUGGGGUGGGUGCAAGGCCUAUGGCUCCAUCCCUGUGGCCGUCAUCCAGCCCAGGACACCCUACAAUGCUUCCUGGAAUUCUCCGGCCAUUCCUGGUCCACACACCACCCCCGCCCCACAGAGUCCGACCUCUGGCAAGCCGGUGGAGAAGCGUGGUCAGCGGAAGUGGCCCCCACCGCACACAGAGGCUGAGCCCCUCAGUGGACCCAGGGCCACAGCCCCGCAGAACCCCACCUCGCUGCCUUGUCCUCCUUCAACCGCCACUUCCCAGCUUGGGGUCACCCCUCAAGGUCUCCAGGGCCCUCCAGGCGCCCACCGGGCCUGCCGCAGCCUCUGCUGCCUGGACCAGUGUGAGCACCGGAUCGGGCCGCAGGAGACCCGUUUCCAGCUGCGGAACUCUGCCCCGAGCCCCCUCUUCCACUGCGACUGCACGUUCUGCCUGGCGCGCUCCCUGAGGCUGCACGGCCCCCCCGCGGGCGCAGAGGAGCUGCUGGAGCUGCUGGGCACCGCCUGCUUCAAGCUGACCCCUCUGUCAGACUGUGCUACUGGCCAGGGCUGCCCCCACACCAGGGCCAUCCGAGUGACGCCUCGGCACCUGCGGCGGCUCCGGGGCCCCAGCACAGGUGGGGGGCAGGUCUGGCCAUCAGUGCAUCCCUCAGUCCCACAGUCUUUCUAUGGCCAGUGUGUGCACCUGAGGCAGGGGGCCCGGACCCCCAGUAGACGGCAGGGCCCCCUGAGCAGAGCCCGAGACCUCUGGGCACCAGACUAGAUGUGGUCCAGCUCCGCAGGCCGGUGGCCAGCCUUUGUGACAACUGGAGCCUGGGGCAGGGCGGGUGACCAAGGCCCAAAGCAGCCUCAGCACUGUGCUGGUGGCCUGGGGCUGGGACGGGGGCCUCUGUGCUGGGAGGGCCCUCUGCUGCUAUGGGCUGGGCCUUGCCAACAAACGCCAUGUCCACAUGGGAAGGGAGGGGUGUCACUGCAGCAGCCCCAGGAGGUCCCAGGACGAGGGACCCAGCUGUCCAUACACAGGAGGAGCUCAGCGGAGCAGUAAGGAUGGCUGGAGACCGGGGCCCAACCUGGGCUUGGGAGUGGGCACCCGCUGAGGGGCAGUUGGCACCUGUUCCCCAGCACCUCUCCCCACACCGCUCUGCCCCUCCCAGCCUGGCAGCCCACCUAAACGCCCUUCGCCUGCCACUCUGAUCCUCGAUUCCUCCCUGAGUUGGGGAGAAUGAGCAGGACCUACCUCACCCCUCACCGGCGGUGUCAGCCGAGAAAGAGGCUUCCAGAGCCUCCCUCCCAGCCCAGCCGCCAGACUGCAGAGACGGCUUUGUGCCUCCCUCGGUGAGCCGGUCUGAGAACUGCACUGAGCACCAGGCCACUCAGCUGCAGGUGCAGAAUAAAGCAUUGCUGUGCGUGCCCUGA